AUGGCUUGGCAACGAGUAUUAUCUUCUCAAGAAAUACUGAGUAUAUUAGAAGAGGAAAAGGAUUUAGAAGAUGCCAAUCAAAUCGAUGCCGUGUACAUGAUGCCGACGGUUGACAAUCUUACAGACGAGGAAGACCUAGAUGAUGACGCGCUAGGUGAUUACGACAAUACUGUGCCCACUGAUAUCGCUGGAACGUAUGAAAUCCACACCGAUUUACCCGCAGAGCCUGAAAAUACGCAAGGUGAGCCCGGUCCUUCAACUUCGAAAAAGCCAAGUCUGCCGAAGAAGUCACCAAAAUGUGUUCCAGACUGGAAAAAAGAACAUCCAAUUUAUACACAUUUUCCUACAAGUGACGAAACAGCAAUGACACAGAAUAUUGAAGAACGUGUAGGUGGAAAAACACCUUUUGAAGUAUUUUCCCUAUUUUUUAGUGAUGAAGUUUGGGAACAGAUUGUAGGUUUUUCAAAAAAAUAUGCGUGUGACCAUAACCGUCAUUUAUUUACCCUCACGGUAGCAGAACUCAAAAGAUUUUAUGGUAUAUUAUUAUUGAAUGGAUAUCAUUUGCCUUUUUGCAUUUGCCUGCUGCGAAGUUAUACUGGUCAAAAGUUCGGAAUAUUUUCACACAACUUGUCAAUUGACGAAGAAAUGGUGCCGUAUUUUGGACGUCAUGGUUGCAAGAUGUUCAUCAAAGGAAUGCCUGUAAGAUUUGGAUUCAAGUUAUGGUGCUUAUGUAGUUCAAAUGGUUAUCUGUACCAGUUUAUUCCAUAUGGCGGAAAGAAUAGUAAUGUUACUAGAAAUGAUUUAGGUCUGGGAGAAAAUGUUGUUUUAGACCUAUUGUCCGUUAUUGAAGACCCACGCAAACAUCGCAUUUUUUUUGAUAAUUUCUUUUCUUCACAUAAAUUGUUUUGUAUUCUGAAAGAGAAAGGCAAUUUUGCCACUGGUACUAUUAGAGAAAAUAGAACAAUGAAUAAAACU